GUAAUCACGCGAGAUUCCGCGAGAUGUGAUCAGUUUGAUUUUAUUUUGAAGAUGUUGCAGUUAGAUAUAACCUUAUCAUUUAUAGUCUUCGUUAAUAAUUUGAUACUUGUUUAUUAAGGGCCAACAAAGUCUGAAAACCGUGCCGCCCAUAUUUGAUUGUGUUUCCAAGGCGACCGGUCGUGAAAUAAGGAGCCGCCUUGAGUUACUCAUUGAUGUCUGCUAGCCUGCAGCUAAUGUUAGCUUCGCAACAUCAACAGGAAGUAACGAGCAAGCUAAAUCCUAAUGUCUUGCAUUUUAAGUUCUCCAGACAUGAACUGCACUUUGGAGAAAGUCCUGGCCGAUGCCAAAUCGUUGGUGGAAAGGCUCCGUAACCAUGACAACGCUGCAGAACUAUUAAUUGAGCAGACAACCUAUCUCAACAAGCGGGUGGAUGCAAUGAAGCAGGUAGGGCGCUCAGGCCAACACGUAAAUGACUCGUAUGUUAAAAGUAUCAGGGUCUUAGUGACUGUCUAUGUAUUUGUUGUAUCCCAGUACCAGGUGGAGAUUGACACACUCAACCAGGUUGCACGUCAUCGUCCUCGAUCCAGUCUGAUCCUGGGCAUCCAGCAGGAGAACCGUCAAAUCCGAGACCUCCAGCUGGAAAAUAAAGAGCUACGGACGUCGUUGGAGGAGCACCAGUCUGCGUUGGCGCUCAUCAUGACCAAAUAUCGGGAGCAGGUGUUCAGGCUGCUCAUGGCCAGAAAGAAGGACGACCCUGCCAUUGUGAGCCAGCUGAAGGAGAAGCACACAACGGAAAUGCAAGCGCACAUAGACAAGAUCAACGAGAUGGCUUCUGUGAUGAGGAAAGCCAUAGAGGUGGACGAGGGGCGGACGUGUGAAGACGAAGAGAGGAUUCAGCAGCUAGAGCUGGAGAACAAAGGACUGAGAGAGCUGCUUGGCAUCAGUCGUGAAGCAUUCCUCAUCCUCAAAAGCGAAGACUCGUCAGAAAGCACUUCGCUGUCGCCACCACUGACCAACACUGAUGUCAGCUUACAGCAGAGUUAAUAGUGGAGGUGACCGACCCACCCUUCCACGACUUGACUGCCGGUGCAUUUACUGUAUCACCUUCCUGCAUUUGAACUAUCACUUUCUCUAUUUUUGGUACUUAGAGGUUUGUGUGUUUAAACACAGCCUAUGGCACUUAUGAAAACUUGAACGUGUGAUUGUGCUGAAGGAAAGUGUGCGAUAGAAUAAAUCGUAUAAAUAUUAAA